CCUGAACGUCUCUGAGUUUUAUUUUCACUUUCCUCAUUUUGACGCAGUUUGGAUUUGCCGCAUAAAUUUCAAUCUGUGGGUGAGUGGAGCAAGCGCCACCUAGUGGCAGCAUGGAUCAGUGUGAGGACAGAGAGGACACAGUCCUUCCCUCCAAAAUGUCUCUCAUUGGGGGACAUGAGGACCAGAGGACAUUACCAGAACUAGAACCAGAACCUGAACCAGAACCUGAACCCGGAUCCAGCUGUGUUUCCUUCAGCAGCAACAACUCAAAGAGGAGUCACACAGCUGAGCCCAGCUGUGUGUCAUGGAAGAGCAACCAGUCCAAGGACAUUAUUAUUCUGUUUAAAUCAGACCAGCCUCCAGCAGCAAAGAGGAAGAGGCUGAAAAAUGACAACCAGCUUGAAUCUGAACUCAAACAUCUCUCCUCUGAUGACCAAAGACUGGACCAGCAGAGCUCAGAGGUUCCCACUGGUCCAUCUGUCCAGCUGCAUCAAACACAGCUGGACUCCAUAUUUAUGCUGCUGGAGGAAAACAUUGUCACUUUCAUGAAGAAUGAGCUGAAGAAGAUCCAGAAGGCUCUGAGUCCAGAUGACAAAGAAUGCUCAGAGGGUCAGAGUGAGGAUGAGGAGGUGAUGGGGGGUGAUGAUGAAGAGCAGAGGAGGAGCAGCAGAGAGGCGGUGAUUAAGAUCACCCUGAACUUCCUGAGGAUGAUGAAGCAGGAGGAGCUGGCUGACCGUCUGCAGUGCAGGACUCGUGCUGGAAAUUGUCAACGCAAACUCAAGUCAAACCUGAAGAAGAAGUUCCAGAGUGUGUAUGAGGGAAUCGCUAAAGCMGGAAGUCCAACCCUCCUGAACCARAUCUACACAGAGCUCCACAUCACMGAGGGAGGAACUGGAGAGGUCAACCAGGAACAUGAGGUCAGACAGAUUGAAACAGCAUCCAGGAAACAACACAGACCAGAAACAACAAUCAGACGAGAAGACAUCUUUAAAGUCCCACGUGGAAGAGAUCAACCAAUCAGAACAGUGAUGACAAAGGGAGUGGCUGGCAUUGGGAAAACAGUCUUAACACAGAAGUUCACUCUGGACUGGGCUGAAGGCAAAACCAACCAGAACACCCAGUUUAUAUUUCCGUUCACCUUCAGAGAGCUGAAUGUACUGAAGGAGAAAAAGUUCAGCUUGGUGGAACUGAUUCAUCACUUCUUUACAGAAACCAAAGGAAUCAGUCAGUUUGAACAGUUCCAGGUUCUGUUCAUCCUUGAUGGUCUGGAUGAGAGUCGACUUCCUCUGGACUUCAACAACAAKGAGAUCCUGACUGAUGUUACAGAGUCCAGSUCAGUGGAUGUUCUGCUGACAAACCUCAUCAGGGGGAAACUGCUUCCCUCUGCUCUCCUCUGGAUAACCACACGACCUGCAGCAGCCAAUCAGAUCCCAGAUAAGUUUGCUGACAGAGUGACUGACAUUAGAGGGUUCAAUGACCCCCAGAAGGAGGAGUACKUCAGGAARARAUUCAGAGAUGARGAUCAGGCCAGCAACAUCAUCUCCCACAUCAAGACAUCACAAAGCCUCCACAUCAUGUGUCACAUCCCAGUCUUCUGCUGGAUCACUGCUACAGUCCUAGAGGAUGUGCUAGAAGCAAAUGGGAGAGAGGAUCUUCCAAAGACUCUAACUCAGAUGUACAUCCACUUCCUGGUGGUUCAGACCAAACUGAGGAAGAUCAAAUAUGAUGGAGCGCCUGAAACAGAUCAACACUGGAGUCCUGGAAGUCGAAAAAUCAUUGUGUCUUUGGCAAAACUGGCUUUUGAUCAGCUGCAGAAAGGAAAYCUGAUCUUCUAUGAAUCMGACCUGACAGAGUGUGGCAUCGAUAUCAGAGCAGCCUCAGUGUACUCAGGAGUGUUCACACAGAUCUUUAGAGAGGAGAGAGGGCUGUACCAGGACAAGGUGUUCUGCUUCGUCCAUCUGAGUGUUCAGGAGUUUCUGGCUGCUCUUCAUGUUYAUCUGACCUUCAUCAACUCUGGAGUCAAUCUGAUGGAGGAACAGUCGACAUCCUGGAGCUGUGAUGCAAGAGAAGAUCAAUCUGCAGAAACAGAUAUUUACAAGAGUGCAGUUGACAAGGCACUGCAGAGUCCUGAUGGACACCUGGACUUGUUCCUGCGCUUCCUCAUGGGUCUUUCCCUGCAGACCAAUCAGAGACUCCUUGACGGUCUGUUGAGGCAAACUGGAUGUUGUUCCCAGACCAACCAGRAAACUGUUCAGUACGUCAAGAAGAAUAUCAGUGAGAAUCUSUCUGCAGAGAAAAGCAUCAAUCUGUUCCACUGUCUGAAUGAACUCAAUGAUCGUUCCUUAGUGGAGGAGAUUCAACAGUCUCUGAGUUCAGAAAGUCUCUCYGCAGAACGGUUGUCUCCUGCCCAGUGGUCAGCUCUUGCUUUCAUAUUAAUCUCCUCUGAACAAAGUCUUGAUGUAUUUGACCUGAAGAAGUAUUCACCCUCAGAGGAAGCUUUUCUAAGGUUGAUUCCAGUGAUCAAACAAUCAAAGAAAGCUCUCCUGAGCCAGUGUAAUCUGUCAGACAGAAGCUGUGAAGCUCUUUCCUCAGUGCUGGGCUCCUCUUCAUCAAACCUGACUGAACUCAACUUGAGCAACAACAACCUGARGGACUCAGGAGUUGCUCUGCUGUGUGCUGGACUGGAGAGUCCACAAUGUCARCUGGAAAUUCUCAGACUGAGCACCUGUAACUUGUCAGGUAGAAGCUGCCGUCAUYUGUCCUCGGUGCUGAGCUCUCAGUCCUCCAGUCUGAUUGAGUUGGACCUGACAAACAACGAUCUAAAUGAUUCUGGAGUCAACCUCCUGUCUACAGGACUGGCCAGUCCAAACUGUAAACUGGAGACUGUCAGCCUCUCAGGAUGUCUGAUCACAGAGGAGGGCUGUGCUUAUGUGGCCUCAGCUCUGACCUCUAACCCCUCCCAUCUGAGAGAGCUGGACCUGAGCUACAACGAUCCAGGASAAGAUGGAAAAAUAGUACUGAUGACUAGAUUUGAAGAUGAGCGUUCCAGACUGGAGACUCUCAGGAUGGAUCCUGCUGGAGUUCAGUACUUGAAACCAGGUCUGAGGAAGUAUUCCUGUCGACUCACCAUCGACAUAAACUCAGUGAACAGAAACCUCCAGCUGUCCGACGGCAACAGGAAGGUGACCCAUGUGGARGAGGAUCAGCGGUAUGCUGACCAUCCAGACAGAUUUGACUGGUGUCGUCAGCUCCUUUGCACAACUGGCCUGACUGGUCGCUGUUACUGGGAGGUGGAGCGAAAAGGGAGAGUUCAUGUGUCAGUGAGUUACAGAGGAAUCACAAGGAAGGGAGACAGUGACAACUGUGAGUUUGGAUACAAUGAUAAGUCCUGGAGUUUGUUCUGCUCUGAUGGGAUUUACUCCGUCUACCACAAUAACAAAGGAACAUCAGUUCGCCUCAACUCCAUCUCCUCUUCCUCCACCUCUUCCUCCUCCUCCUCUCCCACCAGCAGACUAGCCGUCUAUCUUGACCAUCCUGCUGGGACUCUGUCCUUCUACAAAGUUUGCUCUGACUCCCUGAUCCACAUUCACACCUUCAGUACCACCUUCUCUGAACCUCUCUAUCCUGGGUUUGGAGUUGGGUUCAGGCCCGGUUCCUCUGUGUCUCUCUGUUUGGUUUAGAUCAGGAAACACCCGUCUAGUCUGUCAGCAUUAGCUUCUUAUGGUGUCAUAGAUAAAAACACAAUGGCCGGGUUUCAGUCAUGAACAUGGCGCAAUUUCAAAAAUGUUAAUCAACCACAGAGACUUUGUAGUCCAGUUUCAGUACAAAAAAACUAAUUAAACAUGUUGGACCUGAUCCAGACCUUAUAACACAUUUUUACCAUGAAUGUCCAAGUAAUAACUGAAUUUGUGUAGUUUCACAAUGUGUGUCAGGAGUCUUUUCUGAUGAACUGAUUAAAGUUGCCUGACCCAUCAGCUCAUUUUAUCUUCAUCCAGUCAGUAUCUGACUAUAUUAAAGGAAUAAUCACUUCAUCUGUCAAACAGUUGCUAUUAUGCAGCACAAAAUGUUGCUGUUUUUAUUUUUAAAACCUCAAUAUAAUGAGGACAUCCUGUUUCAUUCAAAGACAUUUCAGAUGAAUCGGUUUUAAGAUUCUGAAUCUUUUAAAUUAUAUUUUUUGCUCUAUUUUCUUUUGAUUUUUGUUUUAAUUAAUGUAUUUCCUCUUCAUACAGUGAUUAUGUUAUUGGGUGAAAUUAGGAGCAAUUUGUUACUACUUAGUUUCUAAUAAUUAUAAGUAGAACAAUGAUCUUUAAUAACGUGUUUUUCUGUUUUUGUUCAUUGCUUUUUGCAGUUACAUUCAAAUCGAUCAGAUCUAUAAAUGUCAUGGUGGUUUGUAUUCAGUUCAUGCAGCUUGAUUAACUAUCUAAGCUGGAAGCUUUUGUAAUUUAUUGAGACUGUAGUUAGCUCUUGUUUAUUCUGUGAUGUUAGUUUUAUUUCCUUAUGUAAAACCAUCCAGUGAUGAACUGUGGGCAUUUGUUACUCAUUUUAUUAAUAAAAACCCAUUUUCAACCUAUUAAAUGCAUGUGGCUUCUUCAUAUUUUCUUUUUCAGCUUUUGUUUGGUAGAUAUCUCAGAAAAUAUGCAUAUUUAUUCAUACUUCUGCUGCAGCUUCCUAGAAAAUUUAAUUUUCAUUAAAGGACCCUUCAACUAGUCCUAGAUCUAGAUUGCGUGACAGGUGGACGGAACCUGGUGCUGCAAGGUUGGAGACCUUGUCCUGUUAGGCGACGGGGCCUGGAUAAUACCUGUGUUAAACGGACGGUGUCCAGCGAUGACAGGUGCUUAAAUUCC